GCUCUAGCUGCUAGCUUGGGAAAAUUCAGGUUUCCUUUUAUGCCCAGUUUAAAGCCUCCCUUUUUUAUUUAGUGGUAAUUAGUAAUCCUGACUCCAUAAUUAGGGAGGUAUUCACGAAAAUGCUCUAUCUUACAAAAUUUUGUUUCAAUACAAAAUGUAUUGAUGUGUUCCAUGAUAGCAGUGUCACUGAAGACAAAUCAAAACCUAAUUUUUUUCCCUAAACUAGUGUUAGUUUUUCUUUUUGUAAUCUCUUAGCCUUAGGAGCUUCUUGAAGCAAAGUGGUUAGGUUUCAGUAAGGGAAGGGAAAGCAUUGUCUUGAUUGUUUAAAAUAAUAAUAAUAAAAUCUAAUCUGGAUGUUUACCACCAGCAUGAUAAAGACUUAUAAUCCUUAAUUUGAAAUCGGAGCUUUAGGACCUCGCGCUAUCCACAACAUAAGUCUUUGAAUCACUGUGUGUGAAGGUCAAAAGUAAUAGGUUAAAGUAGCUGAAAGAGGCAAGUCACCUUUGUAAGGUUUUUUCUUUUUUUCUCCCUUCUCUCAUUUGAGUAAAGAACUGUUUCUUCCUACCCUAUUCUUUUACUUUUAGAGUAAAUCUGGGAAGGGAUUGGAGACUAUGAUUGACAAUUUAAACAGUCCUGCACUUAGUUUUGUGAUGAAUAUUGACUGCAGGCUUUUUGAUAUUCUUUUUCUUUUAAGUAAUUGAAUGGUGAUAGCACCAUUCAGAUUCAUCAGUAUCCAAAAAGGCUGUGAGCAGUCUGACUUCUGAUGUAUGGAGUCCCAUACUAUUAAGUGUUGUAAGUGUUGUCUUCACAUUUAAUAUUUAACACUGUCUUAACAUAAGUGUUGUCUUAACAUUUCUGUCCACUGGAUUUGAGAUAAACAAUAUUUACUGGUUUCAGUAGCAGGCGUACAACUCAGAAUAUCACUUAAGUGUAUGUAUAAUUUUCUCUGACAUUUCUGCCUAGAAAGAAAAUAGCUGUAUAUCCCCUGACUUAGUGGUACUUGUUGUGAAGCUUCAAGUGCAAGCAUUUCUGAAGUUAUGUGGUGGAUUGGGAAAGCUGCUUCAUCUAAGAAACAGCUUUCUUCUGUGUGACAUCUUUUAUUACUGUUAUGGGUAGUCUUCCUACCUGGCCACAGAUUACCUAGAAGCAGGUGUACCAGAAUAAGACACAGUGAGAGGUGGCACGUGGGUUGAAGAGAAGAAUCCAAGAGUGAUGGUCCUAUGUGUUUGGCAGUGCCCUAUGAAGUACAUCUUAAACUGUCAUCUGGAGGCCUUUUAAAAGAUGAGACAACGUUUUAUGUAACUGCUGAGUGAAAAUGGAAGAGGGGUGAUAAAAUAUAAAGUGACUUUUCUGUAUUUUGUCUUUACAGGGCUAUCACAUUUCUUCUGUAUUUAUUCUGGAAAACUUUGAUUGUACAAAUAGAUACAGAUCUUUAUGAGAAUGUUUGAGAGCUAAAAUGAAAUACCUCUGGUGACAUUAAGAUAUGUUAAACUUCUGUAUUUGCUCUGUAGAGAAAAAGUAGAAGAAAGUAGCAAGGCAUCUCUUCUCAGUGACAGCUUGCCCAUGCAAGUUUAAUUCACUUUUCAAAUUAACUUCAUUGUCUUACGUGAUUACUCUCAGUUUCUCUAAGCUCUUGUCUAUCUGAUGACUGUAACUUUACAUCUUCAUUUCAAAAUACUUCAUUAUAUGUGCUAAAGGCCUAGACUGUGUUCUUUUUCCUGAUCAGUUUUACUAUACCUUUGACAGAUGCUUGAAGUGUAAACAAUGAAAAUGACCAUCUCUUCUAUAAAUGAUAUGUAGGUAGGAGAGAAUCAGAGUCAGUGUUUAAUUCUAACUUCCACGAUGUCUUUCUCAUUAAGUAUUUAAGGCUAUAAAAACAAUACAUGCAUUUUUUUCUAAAUAAUACUACUUUUGAUUCAUGUUAUGCAAGAAAGGUGUUAUAAUUCAUCUGUUAACCAAAGAGAAGUUAAAAAUUUAUCUACUCUUUCAUAGUUGAGAAGCAAUUCUGAGGAAGAAGUGGACAAUAUUUCACAUCUCCAGUAGGAGUUAGGCAGUUAAUCUGUGUUAAUCCUUCUGAAAGUCAUACCACUCAAUUAUCUCUCUUAAUGCCCAAUCAAAUAAGUUAGCUUGUUACCUUUAACUAACAAAAUUACGUGAUUACUCAGUGAAAUAAAAGACAUUUGUAUUUAAAUAUUUAUUUUGCAGAAUACAAAGUCUUAGUAUUAAAAUACAUUUGCAAUUAAUCAAGUUAUGAAUUUCUCCUAAAUAUACCUUAACACACAACUGUCAGACAAGCAGGAUGUUCUAUAUAAUGGUUAUUAAUAAUGCUGAUUAAUAAGCUAAAUGCAGUAACUAAUAGUUGUAAUAGUACCUUCCUAAUAUGUCAAAGGUCCACAUUCAUAACUUGUAGAUGAGGUAACUAAUGUCAAUAAGGAAGUAAUUGCUUAAAAUUAAAACUUCCCAACCAAAAUGAGUUUUCUUAACUGAUAAUUUGAAGUUUCCCAAUAGAAAUCAGUAUUAAGUUAAGGGGUGUUAAUGCCUUGAAUUUAAUCAGAUCUGCUGUACUGAUGUUAUGGUGGAGUAAUCAUUUCACCUUUAAAAUGCUGUUCCUUUCCUCUGCUUUUUAACUAGUUUACUUUAUAUCUUAUGACUUCCAAUAUCUAUUUUUGUUUGAGCAGAGGUAUCUCUCUACUCCUUCAGAGCUCUGUUUGCAUUAAUAUUUUUCUUUUUUGCUUCUAGAAACCUAUUUAUUUCCUUUUAUUCAUUCUUACCUAGACUGAGCUUUCAUUGUUCUUUGUCAUUUAAAUGCUGGCAGCGUUUCUUCUGAUAGUGCCUAAAUGUUAUGUAUUCAUUACAACUGCUGUUCCUUCCAUCCCCUCCGUGCUGCAUCAUGGAUCUUCUUAGAGAGUCUGGAUUUAAUUGUCCCCUGGAGAAUUAUGUACUCAUCAGUCUGAUUGGAAUUGGUCAUCUGCAGGGCACUGUGAGAAUAAGCAAAGGCAAGGAAAUAUUCCUAACCCAUUGUGUUCAUUGUUAGUGAAAGUAUUGAAUUAUUUGCAGAACCACCCAAGGGUCAGAUAACAAAAAGGUGUCGAGGAAUGUUUCCACAGUGUGUCUGCCCUGGAAUGAGUCAUAAAAUGUGAAUGUGGAAUUUUCUCAAGUUAAUCCAGGUUGGAGGGAUCGCAUGGUGAUAUCUGUGAAAGAUCAUGUGCAAAUCUGUUUUUUUUCCUCCACAUUCACAAUGGUGAAGCUGUAUUCCAGUUCUCUUACUUGAUUCUCUUGUAAUUCCCUCCUCUCCUUCUCAUGUAAAUCACCAAGAUUUCUGUAGUGAAUGUACCUGCUAAAAUAUCAGCUGUGGUUUGUUUUUUUUUUUUUUAAUAGGUCCUUGUAUAUCUGCAAUAGAAGUUUGGGACAUAAGUAGGAAAGGGAGGUAAUGCUGGCUCUGCUGAUAGAGCUGCCAGGUAGACAUUGCAGAACUUGACUCUUUCUGAGAGCUCAGAACUGACAAAAUCACAAAAAAUCUGAAGUGACUAUUAAUGUCUGCUUGCUGCUGGCUGCUCCAUGUUGCUGGGAUCAAGCAACCUCUGAGGUGCUUGCUAUUUUGCUGCUGGCAAUUAGAUGAUACCAAACAUAAUUAUAGGUGAUUUGACAACUUCAAUUCAGGCUACAACUGAUGUGGUAAUAACAGGACAGAUUUUUUCUUUUGCUUCAACUUGUUCUAUUUUUCAAAACUGCUCUUAUUUGGUAACUGGUGCUCUGAAGCUGGAAUUCUGAGUAGAGCAAAAUCUACAACGAUAUUCUUUUAGCAGCGAAGCUCUGCUGAAGCCAAUAUCUUUAUAUUCUGUUCCGAAAACACGAUUCUCCAGUGCUCAACUCACUGAGUUGUGGGACUGCACUUUAGUAUUACAGAAGAGAGGAAUUCCCUUCAACUGAUGAAUGUGGACCAGGAUCCUGUGGGUAUGCCUGUCUUUCCAGUGCCAGGCUAUUCAGAGGGGAAUGGGAACCGAAGGAACUAUGUGAAUGCAUUCUGAGUCAGGCUUGGCAGAAGGGUUAAUUGGCAGCUGGAGUACUAUAUUGAUUUAUAUUGCUUCCAGAACCCAAACUGAUGUCAGAAACCCUUAACUGCAUCAUUUACAGAGAUUUAGCUGCUUCAAAAUAUUAUUUCUCAGCUCUGAAUGGCUUUAGAUGAGAAUAUAGAAAAACUGGAAUUGUUUACUAAAAUUCUGUUUUUGGUUUGUUUGUUUUUUUUUUCCCCGUAUAACAUGCCUUAAUAAUCAUUAAAUGAGUUGAUGUAAUUUUGAGUAAACUAUCAUAGUCUUGAUGUCUGGAACCAUUCUUUUAUUUUUGUAAAAGGACAGUGCUUUUUCUUAUAUACAGAAAUAGCUUCCAUUCCAGUUUUGAGAAAUAAAAGGGCGACUGUGCUCAUCUUUCCCCCCCCCCUUUUUUUUUUAACAUUGGAUAUGGUUAAUAGCAAAGCAGCUUUUUUCAGUUUGUGAGGUGUUUUCUUUAUUAUUUAACAAGGAGAAGCAACUUCUGUUAGUUUCUUAAUAAGUUACAUAAGAGUUUGUUACUGUAUAUGUUAUAUAUGAAGGUAAUGUGAAAAAUUAGGCUAAUGUUGCACUGGAUUAUAAAGAUACUUGUCUGUAAAAUAUAGGCUUAGCAUUAGAUGAAAACACUUUCUAGUAGACAGAAAUAUCUCAAGGAUACCUGUUUUAUUUGCAGUUAUUCUUUGUCUCCUUGUAUUUAUUCUGUCACUGUGGAAGAUUCACAGAUGGUUGACUCUGGGAUUGGUCUGGUUUUUGAUUUGUUUGCCUGUACUGAAAGUGUUGCUGGUGCAAAACAGCAUCAACAGUGGAGAUGAGGGACCCUUAUGAUGAACAGGACAUUUCUCAAGUCUGCUGACAUGGUUACCUAGGGUGAAACAAAAUUACAGGCUUGGAAACUCUGGAAAAGCUCAGCAUCAGUAUUUGAGAGCCGAAGCCUGCAAAUUAUGUGAUUAACCUACAAGCUGAUAUCAUGAUGUCAAAAUGCAGUUUGGAAAGCAUAAGCACAGAGGCUGCAGAGAUUAAAACGUAGGCUGUGCUGGAACAAAAACGCAAUGACAGAAACACUGGAUGAAUGAAUGAAAAGCCCUGCUUUGCAAUCCCUCAGCAUGGCGGGACUGCAGCUCAUGACCCCUGCUUCCUCCCCAAUGGGUCCAUUUUUUGGACUACCGUGGCAACAAGAAGCAAUUCAUGAUAACAUUUAUACGCCAAGAAAAUAUCAGGUUGAACUGCUUGAAGCAGCUUUGGAUCAUAAUACAAUAGUCUGUUUAAACACUGGCUCAGGGAAGACUUUUAUUGCAGUACUACUCACUAAAGAGCUGUCCUAUCAGAUCAGGGGGGAUUUCAACAAAAAUGGAAAAAGAACUGUGUUCUUGGUCAACUCAGCAAAUCAAGUUGCUCAGCAAGUGUCAGCUGUCAGGACACAUUCAGAUCUUAAAGUGGGAGAGUAUUCAAGUUUAGAGGUAACUGAAUCAUGGACAAAAGAGAAAUGGAGUCAGGAAUUCUCUAAGCAUCAGGUUCUGGUUAUGACAUGUCAUGUUGCUUUGACUGUUUUGAGAAAUGAGUAUUUAUCCCUGUCAAAUAUUAAUCUACUGGUGUUUGAUGAGUGCCAUCUUGCAAUCCAGGACCAUCCAUACCGUGAAAUUAUGAAGAUCUGUGAGGAUUACCCAUCUUGCCCUCGAAUCUUGGGAUUAACUGCUUCCAUUUUAAAUGGGAAGUGUGAUCCUGCUGAGUUAGAAGAAAAGAUAAAGAAACUGGAGAAAAUACUAAAGAGCAAUGCUGAAACUGCAACUGAUUUGGUGGUCUUAGAUAGAUAUACUUCUCAGCCAUGUGAGAUUGUUGUAGACUGUGGACCAUAUACUGACAAAAGUGGAUUGUACGGAAGACUAUUAAGGGAAUUAGAUGAAGCACUUCAUUUUCUAAAUGACUGCAACAUAUCUGUACAUUCAAAGGAAAGAGAUUCUACGUUAAUUUCUAAACAGAUAUUGUCAGACUGUCGAGCUGUGUUGGUUGUUCUGGGACCCUGGUGUGCAGAUAAGGUAGCUGGGAUGAUGGUGAGAGAGCUACAGAAGUAUAUCAAACAUGAGCAAGAGGAGCUGCACAGGAAAUUUUUAUUGUUUACAGACACUUUCCUUAGGAAAAUACAUGCACUCUGUGAAGAGCAUUUCUCACCUGCCUCACUUGACCUGAAAUUUGUAACUCCAAAAGUAAUAAAGCUGCUUGAAAUCUUGCGCAAAUACAAACCAUAUGAACGGCAGCAGUUCGAAAGUGUUGAAUGGUAUAACAAUAGAAAUCAGGAUAAUUAUGUAUCAUGGAGUGAUUCUGAAGAUGAUGAUGAAGAUGAAGAGAUUGAGGAGAAAGAGAAGCCAGAGACUAAUUUCCCAUCUCCUUUUACGAAUAUUUUAUGUGGAAUUAUUUUUGUGGAAAGAAGAUACACAGCAGUUGUUCUAAAUAGGUUGAUAAAAGAAGCUGGCAAACAGGAUCCAGAACUGGCUUACAUCAGUAGCAAUUUCAUAACUGGACAUGGCAUUGGCAAGAAUCAGCCUCGUAACAAGCAGAUGGAAGUAGAAUUCAGAAAGCAGGAAGAGGUUCUUAGAAAAUUUCGAGCACACGAGACCAAUCUUCUUAUUGCUACCAGUAUUGUAGAAGAGGGUGUUGACAUACCAAAAUGCAAUUUGGUGGUGCGUUUUGAUUUGCCCACAGAAUACCGUUCCUAUGUGCAGUCAAAAGGAAGAGCUAGAGCACCAAUUUCCAAUUAUAUAAUGUUAGCAGAUACAGACAAAAUUAAAAGUUUUGAGGAAGAUCUUAAGACAUAUAAAGCAAUUGAGAAGAUCCUGAGAAAUAAAUGCUCAAAAUCUGUUGAUACCAGCGAAACUGAAACUGAACCCAUUGUUGAUGAUGAUGAUGUGUUUCCACCCUAUGUGCUGAGAACAGAUGAGAACAGUCCAAGAGUUACUAUCAACACUGCAAUUGGACACAUAAAUAGGUACUGCGCUAGAUUACCAAGUGAUCCAUUUACACACCUAGCUCCCAAGUGUAAAACCCGAGAACUACCUGAUCAUACAUUCUACUCUACUCUCUACCUGCCAAUCAACUCACCUCUUCGAGCAUCAAUUGUUGGUCCUCCAAUGAGUUGUGCAAGAUUGGCUGAGAGAGUUGUAGCUCUUAUUUGCUGUGAAAAACUGCACAAAAUCGGUGAACUGGAUGACCAUUUGAUGCCAGUUGGAAAAGAAACGGUUAAAUAUGAGGAAGAGCUUGAUUUACAUGAUGAAGAAGAAACCAGUGUGCCAGGAAGACCAGGCUCUACAAAAAGACGACAGUGCUACCCUAAAGCUAUUCCAGAAUGUUUGAGGGAUAGUUAUCCCAAACCUGAUCAGCCCUGUUACCUGUAUGUAAUAGGAAUGGUGUUAACUACUCCAUUGCCUGAUGAGCUCAACUUUAGGAGACGAAAGCUAUAUCCUCCUGAGGAUACGACGAGAUGUUUUGGCAUAUUGACAGCCAAACCUAUACCUCAGAUUCCUCACUUUCCUGUGUAUACUCGCUCUGGAGAGGUUACAAUAUCUAUUGAGCUUAAGAAAUCUGGUUUUACUUUGUCUUUGCAAAUGCUUGAGCUGAUAACACGACUCCACCAGUACAUUUUCUCACAUAUUCUUCGUCUUGAGAAACCUGCACUAGAGUUCAAACCCACAGAAGCUGAUUCAGCCUAUUGUGUUCUACCUCUUAACAUUGUUGAUGACUCCAGCACUUUGGACAUUGACUUUAAGUUUAUGGAAGACAUUGAAAAGUCUGAAGCGCGUACAGGCAUUCCCAGUACACAGUAUACAAAAGAAAUGCCUUUUAUUUUCAAGUUAGAAGACUACCAGGAUGCAGUUAUCAUUCCACGGUAUCGAAAUUUUGAUCAGCCUCAUCGAUUCUAUGUAGCUGAUGUAUACACUGAUCUUACUCCACUCAGUAAAUUCCCUUCCCCUGAAUAUGAAACUUUUGCUGAAUAUUAUAAAACAAAAUAUAAUCUUGACCUGACCAAUCUCAACCAGCCGCUGCUGGAUGUGGACCACACAUCUUCAAGACUUAAUCUUUUGACUCCUCGCCAUUUGAAUCAGAAGGGGAAAGCACUUCCACUAAGCAGUGCUGAGAAGAGGAAGGCAAAAUGGGAAAGUCUGCAGAAUAAGCAGAUACUGGUUCCUGAGCUAUGUGCUAUACAUCCUAUUCCAGCAUCGUUGUGGAGAAAAGCAGUUUGCCUCCCCAGCAUACUUUAUCGCCUGCACUGCCUUUUGACAGCAGAGGAACUAAGAGCUCAAACAGCCACUGAUGCUGGCGUAGGGGUUAAAUCACUUCCUGCAGAUUUCAGAUAUCCUAACCUGGACUUCGGAUGGAAAAAAUCUAUUGACAGCAAAUCUUUCAUCUCCAUACCUAGCUCCUCUUUGGUAGAGAAUGAAAAUUACUGUAAGCACAGCACAAUUGUAGUCCCUGAAAAUGCUGCACAUCAAGGUGCUAAUAGAACCUCUUCUGCAGAAAAACAUGACCAAAUGUCUGUGAGUUACAGAACACUGCUUGAUGAGUCACCCAGUAAACUCCAAAUUGAUGUCUCAGCAGAACUUGCAGCAAUUAAUGGUGUUUCUUAUAAUAAAAAUCUUGCCAAUGGCAAUUGUGAUUUAGUUAACAGAGACUUUUGCCAAGGAAAUCAGCUGAAUUACUGCAGGCAGGAAAUACCUGUACAACCAACUACCUCAUAUCCCAUUCAGAAUUUAUACAGCAGUGAGAACCAGCCCAAGCCCAGCAAUGAAUGUACUCUACUGAGUAAUAAAUACCUUGAUGGAAAUGCUAACAGAUCUACCUCAGAUGGAUGCCCCAAAAUGACAUUGACCACCAGUACUUCAACAGCUCUUAAUCUUUCAAAAGACAAAGUGGAUUCUGAAAAGAACACUUCCAGUGGGUACUCCUCAAAAACUCUUGGUCCUAAUCCUGGUCUCAUUCUUCAGGCUUUGACUCUUUCAAAUGCUAGUGAUGGAUUUAAUUUGGAGCGGCUAGAAAUGCUUGGUGAUUCAUUUUUAAAGCAUGCCAUCACUACAUACUUGUUUUGCACUUACCCUGAUGCGCACGAGGGACGGCUGUCAUACAUGAGAAGUAAAAAAGUCAGCAACUGUAACUUGUAUCGCCUUGGAAAAAAGAAAGGACUGCCUAGUCGAAUGGUGGUAUCGAUUUUUGAUCCCCCUGUCAAUUGGCUUCCUCCCGGUUACAUAGUAAACCAGGACAAGAGCAACACUGAUAAAUGGGAGAAAGACGAAACGACAAAGGAGAAUUUGUUGGCUAAUGGUAAACUUGAUUAUGAUGAUGACGACGAAGAGGAUGAAGACCUAAUGUGGAGGUUGCCCAAGGAAGAAACAGACUUUGAAGAUGAUUUUUUGGAGUAUGAUCAAGAGCAUAUCAAAUUCAUAGAUAGUAUGUUAAUGGGAUCGGGGGCUUUUGUGAAGAAAAUUUCUCUCUCUCACUUUUCAACCACUGAUUCAAACUAUGAAUGGAAAGCACCCAAAAAGUCAUCCCUGGGUAACGUUCCGUUUUCAUCAGAUUUUGAUGAUUUUGACUACAGCUCUUGGGAUGCUAUGUGCUAUCUGGAUCCUAGCAAGGCUGUUGAAGAGGAUGAUUUUGUAGUGGGUUUCUGGAAUCCAUCAGAAGAAAACUGUGGUGUCGAUGCAGGAAAACAGUCUAUCUCAUAUGAUUUGCAUACAGAGCAGUGUAUUGCUGACAAAAGCAUUGCAGACUGUGUGGAAGCCCUGUUGGGCUGCUAUCUGACCAGCUGUGGUGAAAGAGCUGCUCAGCUUUUCCUGUGUUCACUGGGGCUGAAGGUGCUCCCUGUAAUUAAAAAGACUGAUUGGGAAAGCACUCUGUGUGCGACUGGAGAGAACUGUAACAGUGAGCAGAAGAAUCUUUCACCAAACUCUGUUUCUGCUUGUAUAGUUAAUUCAGAGCCUUCUCUUUAUAAAGACCUGGAGUAUGGUUGUUUGAAGAUCCCACCAAGGUGUAUGUUUGAUCACCCAGAUGCUGAAAAAACCCUGAAUCACCUUAUUUCUGGUUUUGAAAACUUUGAGAAGAAAAUUAAUUACAGUUUUAAGAACAAGGCGUAUCUUCUUCAGGCAUUUACUCAUGCCUCAUACCAUUAUAAUACCAUUACUGAUUGUUACCAGCGCUUAGAAUUCCUGGGAGAUGCAAUUUUGGACUACCUCAUAACCAAGCACCUUUAUGAAGACCCACGGCAACACUCACCAGGAGUUCUUACUGACCUGCGAUCUGCUCUAGUCAAUAAUACCAUUUUUGCAUCGCUAGCUGUAAAGUAUGACUACCACAAGUACUUCAAAGCUGUCUCUCCUGAACUGUUUCAUGUUAUUGAUGACUUUGUGCAGUUUCAAAUGGAAAAGAAUGAAAUGCAAGGAAUGGAUUCAGAGCUCAGAAGAUCUGAAGAAGAUGAAGAAAAGGAGGAAGACAUUGAAGUACCAAAGGCCAUGGGGGAUAUAUUUGAGUCCCUUGCUGGUGCCAUUUAUAUGGAUAGUGGAAUGUCUUUGGAAAUGGUUUGGCAAGUGUACUAUCCAAUGAUGAGGCCAUUAAUAGAAAAGUUUUCUGCUAAUGUGCCCCGUUCUCCAGUGCGAGAGCUGCUUGAGAUGGAGCCAGAGACGGCCAAGUUUAGUCCUGCAGAAAGAACUUACGAUGGGAAGGUCAGAGUAACUGUGGAAGUUGUAGGAAAGGGAAAGUUUAAAGGUGUUGGCAGAAGCUACAGGAUUGCCAAAUCUGCAGCUGCGAGAAGAGCACUACGAAGCCUCAAAGCAAAUCAACCUCAGGUCCCAAACAGCUGAGACUCCUCUUAAAAUAAAUAAAAUGGGGGAAAAACACAUUCAAAUAAAGCAAAUUUUUUAAAACGGUGAUGUUGAGAGGAACAAAUUGGAAGACAGAAUUUAAAGUUUGUUUGAUAACAGAAUAGAUAACAAAACAUUUAACAUGUAUAAAAUUUUGGAACUAAUUGUAGGUAUAGUUUUUUGCGCAAACACAAUCUUGUCUUCUUUCCUCACUUCUGCUUUGUUUAAUCACAAGAGUGCUUUAAUGAUGACAUUUAGCAAGUGUUCAGAAUAAUUGUUGUCAGGUCUUUUUGGUUUACUUUUAUCGUCAGUACAGCUUUGCUUAGUGUUAGAAGGCCAGGGAGCUUAUGCCUAAUGCAGUUGCUAGAUGUAUAUAUAGUAAUCUUGAAAUUCUUCAAUCUGUGCACUAGUGCCAGUCAUAAAGCAGUUGAUAAACUGUACUGGAUGAUUGGGUAUAAGAAAGAAUAAGUGUGCCAGUAUUCUCGUUUGUUUUUUUUAUUUCCUCCUACGUGUCAUCUUUUUACAUUAAGAUGGCAUUCCCAAUCAUUAUUGCACUUAUUUGUUAGGGACAGAUUUUAAUUGAAAUGGCUGGCAUACUGGUAGAAUGAGACUUCAAUUUCUUUAUGCCACAUAGUCUUGCAUAAAAAAAAAAAAAAAAAAAAAGGUUCUUGCCUUAAAAAUAAAUAAACCCUCAUUAAUAACCUUUAAUUUCUGAUCUUUUUUGGAACAAACUAUUUUACAUUCCCGUCAUUUUGUUAUGCAUUUUACAAUGAUACAGCUCUAUAUUUACAGUACAACUCAUUACUAUAGCUGUGAGUUAUUACAGGAUUAUAAUAGAAAUUGUAUUCAUAUAUAUGUAAUUAGGUUAUUUUUAACAAUUCUGAGGAGGUGGUUAGUCUACAGAUUUUUUUAUACCAUAAACAAAAUAUGGUCUUUGGCUAAAAUUCCAGUUUUACACAAACCUGCAAGCUAGAUAGUUCCAAUACUGGAAACAGUAAUGAAUAAUUGUACAGUGCAAGCUGUCAUUCUAACAAAAUAACCUUAGACAUAUCACACCUAAAAUAUGCUGCAGAUUUUAUAGUCAAUUGGUUACGUAUUUAACAAACAGAGCACCUUUACACUUAGAAAUAUUUCCACGUAAAUUUCUUACUGUACUUUUCAGAGUUGCAUGCAUAUUUCACCUACCAAAGCUGUGCUGUUAAAUAACAUGAAAGUUGAUGUUUGAGAUAACUGCCGUACUUUUGAUACAUCUGUGAUUUAGGUCCUUAAUUUAGAGAAACUAGAUCAUUGAUGUUUUGAUCUACUGGGGGAGGGGGGAAAUCAUACUUUUAUUUUUUAGGCUUUGCCUAUACUUCUUUAAUUAGAUUUAUGUAGGCACUCUUCACUUAAAUACCUCAGUUCUUUUUUUCUUUUCUUUUUUUUCUUCUUUUUUUGCAUGCAUUGUUUUUUCUGUUUUGGUGCUAUGUUUAUAUAUUAUGCUUGAAAAUUUAAUUUUUGCACUGUAACUAUAAUACCUCUUAAUUUACCUUUUUAAAAAGCUGUGGGUCUCGUAUUCCCACCAAUAUCAGUAGAGGUUUGCUGCAAUUUUGCCCUGUUAAUUAUGCUUGAAGUUUGAGAAAGCAGAGCAAGGUGUUUUAACGUUUUCCAGCACAAUAGUUUGAACUUGAUGCUGUGUCUUAUGUAUUAAAUUACAGAUAAAUACUGUAUUUCCUGCUUUUAAACCCUAUUCCUUUCCUCACAAAAUGCACACUAAAACAAAACAAAAACUGUCAGCUCUUGCUUUCUUAACAACAAAAGAAAAAAAAGCCUUAGUGGCAAGGGGUAGGCAUUAAGCUUUUCUGAAAUACAGUUUUCAAAAUUUCAUGUAUUUUCUAUCUCAGUUAAUUUUGUUUUAAUCCUGCAAAAAGGACUAUUCUUGUAUUUGAGAAGAACAUUGUUAGAGUAGGCAGAGAAUUAAAGUAGUAGCUUGCAAAGCAGUUCUCGCAUUUGUUUGUUACUUCAGUAAUGAAAAUGGAACGUGAAAUUACAAGACCCGCAAGUCUUGAUGUGUAUAAAAAAAAAUGUAAAUGAGAUGGAACAGUCUAAAUUUUCACAGGUAAAGUGCUUUGAGGUAGCAUUUUUAUAGAAGACAAUGGAUUACCAAUUUAAGUUUUAGCUCUUCCUUUAGGCUAGGAGAAAAGUUUCUUAGAGAAAAUACAUGAUCGUGAAAGUUGGCAAUUCCGCGCUUCUCACCAGACAUCAAUCAUCAGAUUGAUCAGACCAUCUAUGAAGUGUUAAGUAGUUGUAACUGCGUUACAGAAGAAUUAAGGUUAGUCUUUGAAUGCUUACGAUUUCUUACUGAUUGUUUCAAGGCUAUAGAUUCUCAGGGGUUUCAGGUGAUUGUUAGCAGUCAUGUGGUACAGAGUGUUUUUGCAAAGAAACUGAACCGAGUUUGCUCUGUAUUUCAGAACAGUUUAAUGAUCACUUUGUUACUAGAUAAAGCCUAUGAAUUGGAAAUCUGAAAUGUGUAGUGGCUGACUAUAAAGUAGUUUCUGCUGCUGAUGCGUUUUUAAAUGAGUUUUAAAUGCCGUAAUGUUUUCCAGUGUGACCUCAUUGAAAUAUUUUAUAUCCUUUGAGAUAGAAAAAUCAUAGUCGUUUCCAUGUUAUACAUCUGUGUGUUUUACCCUUCAGUUGAUAUGAUUUUGAUAUUGGACAGUAUAUACUAUUAAAGACCUAAAUCUGAUCAUUUGAAGGUUGGGAUAGAGAUCACUUGACAUGCUGUAAGCACAAGUGUACGCAGACUGUUGCAACCCAUCUUCAAAAGCAACCACACGGCCACACAGGCUCAUCUUAAAAAUAGUGUGGGGGUUAGUUGGCAUGAACCUUGUUUUUUUGUUUUGUUUUGUUUUUUUAUCUAAGUCCUGUUAUACUGUACUUUAAACAGUCCUCCUAACUAUGCUGCGUUUUUAUUUUUAUGGCUUUUUUUUUUGCGCUGUUCUGUUCAUGUAGCACAAAUAAGCAUUGCACUUGGUACCAUGCUUUACCUCAUUUCAAGGAUAAAAAAAUGCUUAACAGAGAGGAAAAAUGUGGUUUGGCCUUGCUGCUGUUCUGAUUUACUGAAUUUGAAAAAGAUAAUUAUAUGCCUGCAAUGUGUCAUUUACUUGCACAACUUAAAUAGGUCAUUUGCAAUGUCUGUGGCAUUUUUACUGUAUGUGGAUAAAUACGACAAAGGGGUGUGACAACUCUUGGUUGUAUUUUAAAGCUAUUGUUUUUUUUUUUUACUACAUCAUUUUACUGUUAUGUGAAGUAAUUAAAAUUAGAAUGACCUCUGACACUCCAGUAAUUAUCUCUGAACAAACCAACAUAUUAUGCAUAUAGCGUAGUUUCUGCAAGAAGACAGUCCUUAGAAUUUGGUCAACCUCAACUAAAUCUCUGCUCUGUCUGAAUAUCGAGUGUCCAGUAGCGACUUCUGAAGUGUUUGUUCAGCUUGAUGCUGCUAAAGUCCGUACAGAAAAAGCCUGUUAAUUUUUAGUCUCGUUAUAGAAUGUGUUGUGACUGCAGAGUACAGAACUUAGGGAAGAAUUCAGACCGGUUGCAGUGCUGGGGAGAAAUACAGUGUUGGCCCAGAGAUGAUGUGUGAUAUAUAUAUAUAGCAGAGUAUGGAUUCUUCUUGUAAGUAAAUACAGAACUAUAAACUGGAAAAUGGGGGGGGUUAUGUUACUGCAUAUGAGAUAACUAUGCUACAUGCAUUUAUCUGUAUAGAAAAUGAAAUCUUUGUAUCCCAGUCACAGCAGCAUCCAUAAUCUGAAAGUGACAAAUAGUGUUGAGAUCUGCUGUGAUGCUACACUUGCUUCUGUCUGACAGUAUUCUGGGUUUAUAUGCUUUGGAUGGGAUUCUUUGCAAAAACGUUCUUUUGGAAAUCUCUGUAUUUUUUUAUAUGAGUAAAGUGAGAAGGAUUUUGAUUUUUGGUACUUAAUUACUGACAUUGAUCCUUUUCCAACUGCUCUGAUUUUCAAGAAGCUGAUUUCUUUACCUUCCUGUUAGGCUUAAAACUUAAAACACUACAGUUUGUGACCAUGAAAUGUAAUCUAAAUAUCAACUGUAACUCUGUAACUCAAUCUGAAUUAUGUUAGCAAAUAUCUAGAGGUCAUUGUAGUAUACUCCACUAGCAGUUAAAAUUAACUUUUAUCAAAGCUAACUACAUUUCUUAAAAAUAAAUUUUAUCCAAUAAACUCCUUGGGUUUUUUCCCUCUUUUAUUUGAAUGGCAACCACAGACUACUUUAAUUGCUUUGUAGAUGCACUCAGAAUAUACUGCAGCAGCAAGUUAGAGAGAAAAAUGUUUGUGCACAAUAAUUGGGAAUUGCAGGCGUUUUUAUUGUAAAUAGUUUGACUGAAAAGAUGGUUAAAAUCAAGUAGAAUGAAUAACAAAUAUAAUUUGAUGGACAAUAAAAUAUUUACCAUCACAUGCUGCAGCUGUCUUUAAGGGACAUAAAAUGUAAUUCAUUCAUACUGUAAUCUUGCUGCAGAAAUUUGCAAUCUGCACCUUAUGGAUCACAAUUACCUUUAAUAGUUUUUUGUAAUAAUUGUAGCUGAAUAUAUCUCCAAUAAAGUUAUGGUCUGUUCACCUUG